AUGGUUCCCGUUUUUGACGGCGAUCAGGGGAUGGGUAUUCCCAAUGCGGAUUUUGUGAUCUAUUUGGGCCUUUCUACCAAAAAGCCGGGCACGAAGAUUUGCACCUAUGGCGACGAUGGACGCCCAACAUCUGCCAUGAUCAAGUUAAAUCCGUUUGAGAUCAAAUAUACACAACAGUAUGUUCGCCUUGUUGCACACGAGAUUGCGCACGGGCUUGGGUUCUCCAUGGACCUGGACAAAUUCAGGCAGAUGGUGCUUAAUGGGGAAAACAGCAGUUACCCGGGGUAUAAAGAGCUCAGCAGUCCGGAGGUAAAGAAUGCCGUGCAGGACCAUUAUAUUUGUGACGAUUACAUUGGAAUGAAAUUGGAUAAUUCUCCACCGGAGACAGGGAGAAAUGAUGACCCCCAUUUUGAUGGAAGGGUUGCGAGGGACGAGCUGAUGGCCCCACUUCAUGGAGUUACAGGCGAUAAAAGAUCGUACAGCUCGUUGACCCUUGCUGCAUUUGAGUCUACAGGGUACUACAAGGCGGAUUACAACAAGGCCGAGAAGUUUUGGGGGAGCAAGAUGGGAUGCAAGUUCCUCAAGAAACCAUAA